AAAUCCAUCCAAUAUUGUCAAAAUAUCCCCACGAUAGUUGUCUCUUCUCCCCCUCCGUCCUCUUAUACAUCGCACAGCACCAACUCGCCGCCAAAAUGCCUCGCGAAAUCGGAGAUAUCAAGCAGUUCAUCGAGAUCGCCCGGAGGAAGGACGCUUCCUCCGCGCGGAUCAAGAAGAACAAGAACAACUCCCAGGUCAAGUUCAAGGUCCGGUGCCAGCGCUUCCUCUACACCCUUGUCGUGAAGGAUUCCGACAAGGCCGAGAAGCUCAAGCAGAGCCUUCCUCCCCAACUCCAGAUCAAGGAAGUCGGCAAGAAGAGCAAGGCCAAGUCCUCCUAAACACUAAAAACUGUCGAGGGAAGGAAGUGAAGCCGAUGCUUUCUUCGCGUAACC